AUGCCCACUACCAAUAAAACAGUUUACAGCACCCGAAUGCGCCUUUCACCACAUCAACUUUCGGAUUCUUUCAAAACUAUGGAACGAUUAGUUGGCGGAAUACGAAUUGAGAACUCGAAUUUAACUAGUCUCUCGUUUUUCAAGACUCCUGGUAGUAACUUUGUGAUCUAUUGCAAAACAUAUGGUAUCUAUUUGAGAAACAAUCAAUAUCUGGUUGAUGCGGAUUUUCUCACAGAGGUCCAGUUAGACACCGAAUAUAGUUUGGAUGGGUGUGGUUUUGAAGUGGAGAACAAUAAAAUGCUUGAUGUUGAACAGUUGUGUAGCUCUUCAAGUUCGGGAGAUGUAGUGGACAUCAAGACAAUUGGGAAUUUGAAAAACUGUCAAUGCCAAGGUGACAGUGUCACGGAGUUUCAAUUGUUUCGAAAUUGCACAACGAUUCAUAAUGGACUACACAUUCUGAAUGGGACCGAUCCUUCUGAAUUUUCGGUCUUUGGCAAUGCGAAAUUCAUAAAAGGACAGAUUAGCAUCCAAAAUAGCAAUAUCCAAAAUUUAUCAUUUCUGAGAAGUUGGAGGACUUGGAACGUUCGAAUCAAUUAUACAAUGAUACUAAACUUUCAAAACAACCCUGAAAUGACUAGGCUUGCUUUGCCAAAUUUUCCGAAAAUUGAGAAUGCAAUUUACAGUGAAUCAGCGAAUUUAAUGGCCAAUUUUGAGAAUCUACAUCCGCAGUUCUGUUUGACUAUUGAAGAAUUUCUCUACAUUUUUGAAAAUCAUUUUUCAAUGCGGAAUUUCCACGCGAAAAUUUGUGACGACAUUGGCGACAUCGGGGAAAAAGUGUUGUGCCGUUUUGAGUCAAUUUAUGACUUGCCGAAUAACUGCGACAUAAUAUUGGGUAACCUGAAAAUUGGUCCAGGUGAUGAGGAAGACAUUACAAAAGUGAUGGAUGUUUGGCUCUUGUUUGGAUCCCUAAUUAUCCAAAAUACACAAUUGGCGAGUCUGGAGCACUUGAGUGGGUUGAAAUACAUUUUGAAACUUGAUGAAAACUCGCCAUUGAUUCAAAUAGUUUCCAACCCGAAACUUAAGAAAACAACACUUCUCAGUUUAGAGCACAUAAUAGCUCGAGGAAAUAGAUCGGUCAUUCUACAGGACAACAUUUUUGUACGCAACAACUCCAAAAAGUGCAAUAUUUUAGACAAAUGGAGUAUGUUCAAGAAACAGUUAAAUCUGGACUAUACGGGAAGUGACUGUGGAAAUCGUGUAUUGAUAAAUGCCAGCAAGAGGCUUUUGAAAUCUUCAAUAACAAUUAUAUUAAUUUAUUUCUCUCUUUUUAUGACCUGCAAAGAAUUGUGGAUUUUUAUGAAGCAGACCCCAAAUGCACUUUCAACAAUUCGGAAAUUACUUCAAAAACUAUACAGUUGUUUCCACAAUCUCAAAAAUUCGUUCAGAAAUAUGAAAACUUUUGUUGGCGGUAUACGGAUAGAUAAUUCGAAACUUGCAGGGUUGUCGAUUUUUCAAAAUGAUAUCAAUUUUCAGUGUGGAGCUUAUGGAUUUUUCAUCGAGAACAACUCAUAUCUUUAUGACGCCACUAUGCUUCUGAAUAUGGAUUUGCAAUCUGAAAGUAAAAACAAGGAAUGUGUUUUAUCUAUCGAAAAUAAUCCAGAGCUGGAUAUGGAUGAAUUAUGCAACAAUGGAAAUUUUCUAGAUCUCGUGGGAAUUCGAACUGGAGGAAAUUUCAGAAAUUGUGGAUGCCAAGGAGAUGAAAUCACUACAAUCUCUCUGCCGGGGUAUAACAACUGUACCACCAGCUUUAACGGACUGAAAAUCUUCAUCACUACAAUCAGUAAUACAGAUUUAUCAGCUUUGUCAAAUAUUGCGACUAUCAGAGGAUCAAUAGAUAUAGAAAACACCAAUUUACAAGACUUGUCGUUUUUGAGUAGCUGGAAAACUUGGAAACUCAAAGGAGACAUGGUGGUUCAGUUAAAUCUUCGAAAUAAUGCUGAAAUGACAAAACUUGGUUUUCCAGAAAAUUUUUAUAAUAUUCAAAACAUUCAAUCGCUCGACGAAGAAUUGCACUUUUCGUUUGCGAAUUUCGAAAACUUGCAUCCUAACUUUUGUAUUUCAAUUUCAGAGUUCAUAUUAUUUUUUGAGCAUCGAUUUAUAUUUACUAAUCUUCAAGCAAAGUUAUGUGAAGAAGAUGGGGAUAUUGAAGAAAAAGUAUUGUGUCAUUUCAAGUCGAUGUAUGAUUUGCCGAACAAUUGUGACAUAAUUGUGGGAAAUGUAACUAUUGGCCGUGGCGAUGAGCAAUAUGUUAUCAAGUUUGUUGACGUUCAAUAUUUGUUUGGAUCUUUCAUAGUUGUGAACACAACAUUGGAAACUUUGGAAUACGUUGGGUUUCCAUAUAUUGCAGUUUUGGAUAGCUCAUCUCCAGUGUAUCAAAUCAUCGGAAACAAAAAAUUGAAAAACGCCGAUAUCUCAAUCACGCAAAUAAUCACAAGCGGACCACGAUACGCAAUUUAUCAGGACAAUAAUCCAAAAUUAUUCAAGGGAAAAGAAUGCCAAAUAAGUGACUGGUGGAGUGGAAAUGCGAACAAGAGGGACUUAAUGAUGCUAGACUUAAAUUUUACAGGGGCAGAUUGUGGAGGCGAGCGAGUGGAAAUUCUAUACAACAAAGAUUGUGUGAAACUUAACACAUUCGGAUUAAACCUCUCAAAUCCCGAUGAUCCUAAAUGCGUUUUUAAUCACACUGAAGUCACUUCGGAAACCAUAAAGAACUUUCCCAAAUGCUCCAAAGUAUACGGUAUUCUGGUGAUCAAUUCCAAUACGGAUUUGAAUGUAUCCCAGUUGAAGAAUGCGUUCAAAAAUAUGUCAUCACUUGUUGGUGGAAUCCACGUGGAGAAUUCCAACCUGACCAGUCUGUCAUUUUUUACCCUAGUUGGCACGGAUUUCAAAUUUUUUGAAUUGAGUUGCAAAAAUUAUGGAGUCAUAAUUCAAAACAACAAGAAUCUGAGCAACGCUGGAGCACUGGAAAAGCUGGUGCCAUUCGUUGAUGAGGAUUUGCACGAUUGCAAAUUUCAAAUUGCCAACAACCCAAUACUUGAUCUUCAAAAUCUGUGUGAUGGGUAUACGUUGGCAUACCUAGUGAAUUUUGAGACAUACGGAAAUUUGAAAAACUGCGGGUGUCAAGGAAACGAAAUUUAUCCACCAACUUUGUUUGGUUUUCAAAAUUGCACAUACUUUUACAAUGGACUCAGGCUAUACAAUUUUUCUGAUACUCCAGAUUUAAAAUCGUUAUCUAAUAUUGUCACUAUUUAUGGAAACAUUGAUAUACAGAAUUCCAACUUUCAAAAUUUAUCGUUCCUCGAAAGUUGCCAAUUAUUAACGGUUUAUACUAAAAAUGAAGAGGUGGUUUUCAAUAUUCAGAAUUGUCCAAACAUGACUCGACUUGAGCUUCCAGCUCUAAAGAAUUUGGAUAAUUCCAAUUCAAAUGCUCCCAAAACCGCCAACUUCCAAAAUUUACAUCCGGACUUCUGUCUGACGAUUUCAGACUUUUGGUUGUUUUAUGAAUUGGGAGUUAGUUUCAAAAAUUUGCACGCGAAACUGUGUGAAUAUUCUGAAGCCGAUACUACCGAAAUUGAGAAUGAAGAGUUGUGCAUUUUUGAGUCUAUCGAUAAGCUUCCGGUUGCGUGUAAAUCGAUAGUUGGAAACGUUUUAAUAGAUUCUGGAAACGAGAAAAAUGCUGAAAAGUUGAUUUUUGUUAAGAGCUUAUUUGGCUCUUUAACAAUUCGGAAUACAAAUUUGGCGGAUUUAAAAUUCUUAGACCGGUUGACCUUCAUAGUUUAUUUGGAUGAUACCACACCUGUCAUAGAAAUUGUGUCGAAUAAAGAUUUAAGAAACCCGAGUUUUGGAAAACUCUUUUCGACUAUCUUUACAAGAAGUUUCAAAGAUCGCAACGCUGUUAUCCAGGAUAACCAUCCCGACAUUUGGAAUUCUACAAAUGGAGAGUGCAAUCUUUUCGGAUUGGUAACAGACGAGAAGGCCAUGUAUCGAACAAGCCUGAACUACACUGGAGGGGAUUGUGGAACACGAAUUGAUAAUGGGUCUACUCUAAGGAAUAUGAUAUCCGGCUCGAUUUUGGUCAUUGUAUUUUCAUUGACUCAUGAGCUACACCUUUAA